GCAGCUCGCAGAGACAUCAAGUGAGGUUUUUAGGGGGGAAAAAAACAACAACAGAAAGGAUUCUUGUCAUAAAAGCAUUUUAAAAUUUGCUUGUUUCUAUGGCAGAAUUAGCUAACAAAAACAAUGAAAAGGCUGAUGAAGGAGUAAAGCAGGGUUUGAGAGCAGAGGAAGGUCAGCAGGGGGAGCUGUCAGACCACAGACCAACACAAGUGGACAAACACAGCGAAGUUGAGCAGACUGUUGGUGAGAAUAUAGACCAGAAUAUUACGUCACAGGACCAUACUGCCAAAAUCAUCCCUUCUCCCACCAAAGAGGACAUAAAAACCGAGUCUCCACAGCUGGAGGAGGAUGACCAGCAGAGCCAGCUAAGCUCUGAGGUGGAUCAGAAGCAAGAUAUCCAGACUCUGCUCAAGCAGCUGCAGAGUGAACGGAGUGAUCUGCUCUCACAGGUCGAGAGUCUGUGUCUCACAGAUAGUGCACAGGUUAAAGACCCCACAGCACCGUGUGGCUCUUGCCAUCACUGCACUUUGCGCAGUUUAGAGGAAGCUGAAAGAAUGAAGAGCGCCCUAAAGUCCCGGAAAUCCACCAGUCCUAUUCGGCAGCCCCCCGUGAAGGGAGGAACAUUAGACUCGGAGCUGAUAAGAGCGCUGAGAGAAAGGGACGAGAUGCAGAGUAUGCUGGAUAAGUACGAGCGUCACCUGUCUGAGAUCCAAGCCAACGUCCGGGUUCUUACGGCCGAGCGGGACAAGACCAGAAUGCGCUAUCAACAGGCUCAGUUAGAGAUCGCAGAACUUCGACGUGAGGUGCUGAGAUCAAAGACAUCCCAGGGAUCCAAAUACAGCGCAACAGCUCAGAGUAUGCUGAAACGCCUGGAGGCAGAGAGAGACGAGACAAUGUCCAACCUUCACUGCAUGAGCACAGAGAGAGACAGCCUGAGAGAGAGACUCAAGAUCUCUCAGGAGACGGCGAUUAGUGAGAGAGCUCACUUGGAGCAGAGGGUGGAGGACCUGCAGAGUGCGUUACUGACGCUGGAGCAGGAGCGAGCUGAACAGAAGAGCAGACAGGUACAGAUGAGGGAGGCCAUGAUGAGUCUUGAGGAGCAGGUGAACACGCUCGGCAGAAAGCUCGCCGCUACUGAGGGUGAACUCAGCUGCCUCAAAAAUGAAUGCAGCCUGCUCAGGAUUUCUAACACACAGACAGAGUAUACUCUGAGCGAGACUCAGAAGCGGCUGGUUAACAGGAUUGGAGAUCUGCAGCGAGUGCAGAAAAAGAAUCAACAGCUGGAUGAAAAGAACAAUUCUUUGCAGAAGGAGGUAACGGUUCUCAAAGAGGAGCUGAAUGGGCUGCAGAGCACUGUGUCUGAACUGAACCAGCACAGAGAUACUCUACAGGAACAGUUGGAGAGAAAGAAUGACAAGCUCUGCUCCGCUAACAAAGAGCUGGAGGAUAAGGAAAACUCCAUUCACAAUAUGAACCUACAGAUUGAAGAUCUGGAAGCUACUCUAGAAGCUGUGAAGGAGACAGUAAGCAGCAGGGAUCGAGAGCUGGACGUGAUGAGGAGGAAGCUGUUGGAUUCAGGAGAUGAGCUGAAUGCCGUGCUGAAGCUCAAAGAAGCAAAGCUGAGAGAUAACACGCAGCUCAGGGACGAGCUGGACCGAGUGUGUCUAGACAACAAGGCUUUGCAGUUUAAAUUAGAUGAAGCAGCUUGUGAGAUUGAGGUUUUGGAGAGGAAAGUGAAAAACUACGUGUCUGACAUCUCCAGUAUUGAAGACCUGCUGUCCUCCAAGGAGCGAGAGUGUAAGGAGCUGCAGGAUUGUCGGAUGGAACUGCGAACCUCGGAUUCAGAGAAGCAAAGACUCAAAGACAGAGUAGAGAGUCUGGAGAGCAGUCUGCAAGAGGCUAUUGGUGCUGAGCAGAGCUGCAGUGCUGAGCUCAAACAGCUGAAGUCCACGCUUGAGAAACAGGAAGAAGAGCUGCGGCAGAUGCAGAGCAAGCACCUUCACACACACCAUGACUUGGAGAAGACCCGCGAUCUCUGCGUCAAACUGGACUCCGGAAAAGAAGCGGUCCAGCAGGAGCUGGAGUCGUGUCGCUCUGAGCUGGAACUCCUGAGAAAGCAGCUAGCUAUAGAGCGAGAGAGAGAAUUACACACACAUUUCAGCUCUCAGGAGAGGCUUAUCGAGAUCCAGCUGCUCAGGGACAAACUCGCUGUAUCUGACAGCAAGAUGAGCACUCAGAGCAGAGAAAUGGCUCAGUUAAGGACCCGGUCCACACUGUUAGAGGCUGAUCUCGAGGCCACACGGAGGCAGCUGAACAUAGAGCGAGAGGAAAGGGAACGUGCCGUGAAGGAGCUACGCAGACUUGGACUCUCAUCAACCUUUUCUUCUCCCAUCUUGUCCUCCACACUGCGCACUCCUCCCUCCCCUGUCCAUCACUCCAUCAGCCCUCACAUGUCCUAUUCACCCGAGCGUUCGCCUCACGCCACUUCUGACCACCUGCCGCUGAGACGCUCACCUGACAGGAGUGUGACUUUCAGAGACCUGUAUGACUAAGCAGACGUGGACUGGACAGCUUCAGAAGCACAAACAGUUGUACUGUGAUGCCACUAUGUGCCUGCUGUUAUAAAUAAAGCAUUUAUAUUUGAGUCCAUUUCAUGUGAGUCACUCUUGGAGCCAUAUUAGCAUUAACUGAAUAUCUAACGAUUAUUCAUAUAUGAAUGAUGACAAUGUUUUGAUUCAAUGGUGCUAGAUUUUUACACAUUUUUAUGCUAUAUGUAUUCACAUUUACAAUCCAUCUUUGUCUGCUGUCUUGCAUUAAAGCUAAAGAUGAUUCGUUAAAAUGAAUUAU